UAACAUUUUGCAUACACAUACACUCGAACUGGGUAAGAUUUCAUUGAGAUGACGUCCCUUAAGCGCUCCCAUGCGGCGACAACUUCAAAUACGACGCUCAGUAGCAAGACAUAUAUACGGACGCUGAAAUCAGGCAAGGUUCAAAAAGUGGUGCGCGAGCUGUAUCUACGUCAAGAUAUUCCUUGCUCAUCACAACUUUGCGCAACAUGUAUCGACCUAGCACCCGUGAGCUUCAACGGGAAGUCUGCCCCGGCAGUCCUUUCAGCCACGCCGAAAGGAACCAAAACUGUUCCUCAAGGACAUUAUUUGGUCCCUGACACGAAUGCUUUGCUAUCAGCGAUGGAUCUAUUUGAAGCAGAAGGCGUCUUGCAAGACGUCAUCGUCCUGCAAACAGUUCUUGAAGAGGUCAGGAAUCGAUCACUUCCUCUCUACCAUCGUUUGAUCUCCCUCACGAAGAAUGAAGAUAAACGCUUCUACAUAUUCUUCAAUGAUUUCCGGUUAGAAUCAUACAUCCAGCGAGAGGCUGGUGAAUCGAUCAAUGAUCGAAACGAUCGAGCAGUCCGCAAAGGCUGCGCUUGGUAUCAAGAACACUUGCAAAAGGCUGUCAAACAACAGAAAAGUGUUCGCUGCCCGGUUGUAGUGAUGCUCUCUGAUGACAGAGAAAAUCUGCGAAAAGCGAAAGCAGAGGGCAUCAACGCAUCAAAUCUUCACGAUUACGUAUCUAGCCUUCCGGAUGCAGAUCGUCUCCUCGACAUGGUGGCAGCCAGCCGCGAGCAACGUGCGGUGCGAGAUGACAGGGCGAAAAAUCUGUAUCCUGAAUACGCGUCCACGUCGGCAAUGAUGACAGGCGUGAAAGCCGGCACUCUGCAUCAAGGCAUUUUCAACGUUUCGCAAUACAACUAUCUCGAAGGAACCGUUCAUGUACCCGCAUUUGAUCGUCCCCUAAUCAUACAAGGUCGCGAAAACAGCAAUCGCGCGGUAUCGGGCGAUGUGGUUGUUCUUGAGAUUCUACCUAGAGACCAGUGGAAGGCUCCAUCAAGUAAAGUCAUCGAAGAGGAUGAGGUGAACAAAAACGACAAUGCUGAGAUCGAGGACGAUUCUGCCGAGGCUGUCAUCACUGACCGCGAGAGAAAGGCUCUGGUGGAGGAAGUCAAGCGGGCCCAAGGUAAGAGCACAGAAGGCAAGCCUCAGCCCACAGCCAAAAUUGUGGGAGUUGUGAAGCGUAAUUGGCGUCAGUAUGUCGGGUUGAUUGACAAGGACUCUGUCAAGUCUGGUGCGAAGGAGAGCCGAGCGCAACAGACGGUUUUCUUGAUUCCUAUGGACAAGCGGAUUCCAAAGAUCAGAGUUCGAACACGGCAAGCAGGGGAGCUUGUCGGAAAGCGGGUUUUGGUCACCAUUGAUUCUUGGGACCGUGAGUCUCGAUACCCAGUUGGACAUUUUGUACGAAGCUUGGGUGAACUAGAAAGCAAAGGUGCCGAGACUGAAGCUCUGCUCUUGGAAUUUGAUGUGCAAUAUCGACCAUUUCCGAAGACUGUCCUCGAUUGUCUGCCAGCAGAGGGUCAUGAUUGGAAAGUCCCGGCCAGCACGUCUGAUCCGGGAUGGCGAGGCAGAAAAGACCUGCGCGAGCUGCUUGUAUGCUCGAUUGAUCCUCCUGGAUGUGUCGACAUUGACGACGCUCUACACGCCAGGCGUUUGCCAAAUGGAAAUUUCGAGGUCGGUGUGCACAUCGCAGACGUCUCUCACUUCGUCAAACCCAAUAAUGCUAUGGACAAGGAGGCUUCUCUACGAGGCACGACGGUUUAUCUCGUGGACAAGCGCAUUGACAUGUUGCCAAUGCUCCUUGGAACGAAUCUUUGCUCGCUUAAGCCGUACGUCGAACGCUAUGCUUUCAGUGUAUUAUGGGAGCUGGACGAGAAUGCCGACAUCGUGAACGCCAACUUCACCAAGAGUGUCAUCAGGAGCCGCGAAGCUUUCAGCUAUGAGGCGGCACAGAUUCGUAUCGAUGAUGCAUCACACCAGGACGAUUUGACGAAUGGCAUGCGCCAGCUCAUGAUGCUCUCCAAAAAGCUCCGCGCGAAACGUAUGGCUGCUGGCGCACUCAAUCUCGCCAGUCCCGAGGUUCGCGUUGAGACAGAGAGCGAGACCUCGGAUCCCAUGGACGUCAAAACGAAACAACUCCUCGACACAAACCAGCUCGUCGAAGAGUUCAUGUUACUCGCCAAUAUCAGUGUUGCUGGCAAGAACUACGAGGCAUUCCCCCAGACAGCACUGCUUCGUCGACACGCGACGCCGCCAAAGACGAACUUCGAAGAACUAGCUAAUCAGCUCAAGGUCAAAAAAGGUAUGGAGCUACGAAGCGACUCCUCCAAGGCCGUGGCAGACAGUCUUGACACCUGCGUCGACCCUCAAAAUCCAUUCUUCAACACCUUGGUGCGAAUCAUGGCAACGCGGUGCAUGACGAGUGCCGAAUACUUUUGCGCCGGACAACAUGCAUAUCCCGAGUUCCGACAUUAUGGUCUGGCUUCAGAAAUCUACACUCACUUCACUUCGCCAAUUCGACGAUAUGCGGACUUGGAAGCGCACCGGCAAUUAGCCGCUGCAAUCGAGUACGAGCCUCUGGAUGCCAGCCUGCAGUCUAUGGGCAAGCUCGAGGCCGUGUGCAGGAACAUCAACGUCCGCCACCGCAAUGCACAGAUGGCCGGUCGUGCCAGCGUGGAAUACUACGUCGGCCAAGCGCUCAAAGGCCGAGUCAUCGAUGAGGACGCAUUCAUCAUGCGUAUUUUCAGCAACGGAUUCGUGGUGUUCGUGCCGCGGUUCGGCAUCGAAGGUCUCAUCCGCCUUCGCGACAUGCUCCCUGACAACGAUGCCACCAACAAGGCGGUUGGUGGCGGAAAUGGUGGCGGCGUCGGCCGAGAGCCUGACAGCAUUUUCGACGCCGAGAAUUACUCGUUGGAGAUUUUUGCGGCGCCGGCUGCCGGUGGUGCAGAAGCUGCCCCAGCGACGUCUAGGAAAGUUGAGCUUUUCGGCAAGGUCAGGGUUCGCAUCACCGACGAGGCCGAUGAAACUUCGGGCAAGCGAAGGAUCAAAUUAAAAUUGGUGUAGGUUUGACGCCAGGAAAGUGGUUGUCUCGGCUUUACGUUAUUGUGGUGCCGCCUCCGCCCACGGAGUAAUGAGGCGGCGUGGUUUGUCAUAUUUUUCGCUAGCGAGACAGUCAUGAUAUCAAAGGAGCGUUGCUUAUCUUGAGCAGCUCGGCCAGGAGACUCCGAAGGCUCACAUCGUUAAGCGAUAUGUCCGGCCGACGGCACAUGUGUGAAUACACCUCAUGAUGUGCGGCCCCGGGAAUGAGAGGUUGCAUUGCUUCGUAAAAAAUGAGUAAUUAGACCAAUCAAUCCCUGUCUACAUGUACAUACCCACCAAAAGAUUGCACUCUUGUACACG